UGCUGUCUGCUUUGUGUUGUCAGGCAGAAAGACGUACCAGGCAGGGUGGCGCGUGUCCUGAUACACAGGCACCCCAACAACGACCAGAAUAAAACAAUAGAUAGUCAUUUUUGUUGUCUGUUUUGGAGUAGUUAGCUAUUAUUUAUAGUUUUUGCUACAAUGUCGGUGGGUCUGGAGUCUGGAUUCUCGAGUGAGGAGGUCUUAAACAGCCGCUUCCCUCUCCACCGGGCGUGCAGGGAUGGAGAUGUCGGAGCCCUGUGCUCCCUCCUUCAGCGCACCUCAAACCCGGCUGACCUCUCGGUGGAGGACACCUUCUACGGCUGGACGCCCAUACAUUGGGCCGCUCAUUUCGGAAAGCUGGAGUGUGUCAUGCGUCUGGUUCAGGUGGGCUGUGGAGUGAAUGCUGUGACCUCCAGGUUUGCACAGACGCCCACUCACAUUGCUGCGUUUGGGGGCCACCCUCAGUGCUUGUUAUGGCUACUUCAAGCUGGUGCAGAUAUUAACAGACAGGAUUAUGUGGGCGAGUCGCCCAUCCACAAGGCUGCUCGUGCAGGCAGUCUGGAGUGUAUCAACACUCUCUUGAUUCAGGGAGCGAAAGCUGAUAUGAGGAAUGCCAGUGGGCUGACGGCUGCCAACCUGGCCCACGCCCAGGGAUUCCAGGAGUGCGCUGAGAUACUCUCCAAUGCCCAGAACUUCCAACAAAACAUGGCUCAGUCCCACAACGGAACUUUUCUGAAUGGCAUGACCCAGAAUGGGGGCCACGGUCGCCCCACGAUCCAGGGACGCAGCUUCUUGAAUGGCGUGCCCAACAGAAAGAGGUCUUUUGAUGGCAUGGAAGCAAACCCAGGGAAGAAGGCUAGACCUAAUGGUCUGGGCAUGCCAGCAGAGCUGCGCAAUGGGAGCGGGCCACUGGGUGGUGCUGGAGAAGCCCAGAUGGAAACCAUGAACAUGGAGUCGACUGUAACCUCAGUGGCAGGUGAGAGACUCUGUGGGGAUUUUUCCUCAAAUGGUCACAAUCUACCACAGCCUUCAGUUUGGUGUGAUCCUGCAGCUGAGAUCCUCCAGAGCCAGCUCCUCUACAGCGACUCCUCUGAGAGCGGCGGCAGCGCAGGUAGCCAGGUGGAGCACCAGAGGUCUGUGAAGGCAGAGCAGCUGUACGACCAUGCCUUCUUCACCACCAUGCUCCUUUACCAUGGAUCCUAAAGUACAAAAGAUGUUGACAGGCUGUCCGCUUUUGCCUGAAUGUCAUAUAAGCCUAAAAAAAAGUGUUGAUUUGCCUUAAAGCCAUUGAGUGGUGCAGUUAUUCAUUGAAUGGUUUUGGUUUUGGAAAGGGCAGGCCCAUUGUUGUGGACUGAUAUAUGUUACUGAUUGAUUGUUGAUUAAGAAGUGGAUUAGUUUGUUUUGUUAAAGAGAAAGUGUUUUUUGUUUAUAAUUAACGUUUGAUCCAACUGUAAAUAGCCUUGUUCUAAUAUACUCUAAACUAACCAGUGACAAUACUUACAUUUUGUUUGUGUCAAGUGGGAGUGUGGGGGGUCCCUGCCUCGUGAUGUUAAGAAAAACAUUGAGUUCAUCCCAUGUUACUCUCAAGAAUUAAAAAAAAAUGUUUUUGCAAAAGUUAAA